UGGAGAAACAAGACUUCACUCGUUCUCAGAUCGAGGCGAAAGUCAGUGCUCCUCUUGCCGACUCUCCAUUCUUCAAGUUUUGACUCAGAUAUAUCGUUUGUACUUAAAUUUGAUCCAGCCAAAGUUUGAAGUAAUUAUUCGCCAACAUGUCGGUCCAAAGUGAUGCCGAUAAGCGAAAGCAGAUUUCGGUUCGAGGUAUUGCCCAGGUGGAGAACGUGGCCAACGUCAAGAAGUCGUUCAAUCGACAUUUGCAUUACACUUUGGUCAAGGAUCGUAACGUGGCCACGGUUCGCGAUUAUUUUUUCGCUCUUGCCCAUACCGUGAAGGAUCACCUUGUAUCGCGUUGGAUCCGUACUCAACAGUACUACUAUGAAAAAGACCCCAAGCGCGUCUACUAUCUCUCCCUGGAGUUCUACAUGGGUCGGACCUUGACGAACACAACUGUCAACUUGGGCAUCCAAAGCGCAUGCGAUGAGGCCAUGUACCAAUUGGGUUUGGAUAUUGAAGAAUUGGAAGAGAUGGAAGAAGAUGCCGGAUUAGGUAAUGGAGGUCUGGGCCGCCUGGCAGCAUGCUUUUUGGACUCCAUGGCAACCCUUGGAUUGGCUGCUUAUGGUUACGGCAUCCGUUAUGAAUAUGGCAUUUUUGCGCAACGCAUCAGGAACGGAGAACAGUUAGAAGAACCUGAUGAUUGGUUGCGGUUUGGCAACCCAUGGGAGCGUUCACGACCAGAGUACUCGAUUCCGGUACACUUUGGAGGGCGUGUCGUCACCAGUGAUGACGGAUACCAUAAGUGGAUCGACACUAAGGUUGUCUUUGCCUUCCCGUACGACAACCCAAUUCCCGGCUUCAAGAACAACGUCGUCAAUUCGAUGCGUUUAUGGUCGGCCAAGUCGCCACAAGACUUCGAUUUGCGCUUCUUCAAUGACGGCGAUUACAUUCAAGCCGUUUUGGAUCGUAACACGGCCGAGAACAUCUCUCGUGUUUUGUACCCCAACGAUAACUUCUUCGAAGGCAAAGAGUUGCGUCUGAAACAAGAAUAUUUUAUGGUGGCUGCCACUCUACAGGAUAUUAUCCGGCGCUUCAAGUCGUCCAAGUUUGGUUCACGCGAAGCCGUACGCACAUCCUUUGACUCGUUCCCAGACAAAGUAGCCAUUCAGUUGAACGACACUCAUCCGUCACUUGCUAUUCCGGAACUGAUGAGAAUUCUUGUUGACAUUGAAGGUCUUUCAUGGGAAAAGGCUUGGGAUAUUACCACACGUACAUGUGCGUACACCAACCAUACUGUUUUGCCCGAAGCCCUUGAAAGAUGGCCUGUCAGUAUGUUGAACUCAAUCCUUCCUCGUCAUCUGCAGAUCAUUUAUGAAAUCAACCAUCGUCAUCUUGAGAAUGUAGCUAAGCUUUUCCCUGGUGACGUUGACCGCUUGCGCCGGAUGUCCAUGAUUGAGGAAGAAGGAGAAAAGCGUGUUAACAUGGCUUACCUUGCCAUUGUUGGAUCGCAUGCUGUCAAUGGUGUUGCCCAGAUUCACUCCGACAUCCUGAAACGUGAUCUGUUCCAUGAUUUCUAUGAAAUGAACCCAGAGAAAUUCUUGAACAAAACCAACGGAAUUACUCCUCGCCGUUGGUUGUUGUUGUGCAACUCGUCUCUUGCUGAUGUCAUUGCCGAGCGUAUUGGUGAAGAUUGGAUUUCUCAUUUGGAGCAGUUGGCUCAGCUGAAGCCAUUAGCUGAAGAUCCAGCUUUUCAACGCGCUGUCCAGACAGUUAAACAGGAAAAUAAGAUGAAAGUUGCUCAGUACCUCCAAAAGGAGUACGGAGUGAACGUCAAUCCAGCUUCCCUGUUUGACAUUCAGGUUAAGCGAAUUCACGAGUACAAACGUCAGCUCAUGAACUGUCUCCAUAUUAUUACCUUGUACAACCGCAUCAAAGCUAAUCCCAGGGCUCAAAUCGUUCCCAGGACUAUUAUGAUUGGUGGAAAGGCGGCUCCUGGUUAUCAUAUGGCUAAGAAAAUCAUCAAGCUUAUUUGCUCUGUUGGCCAAGUCAUCAACAGCGACCCAAUUGUUGGCGAUAAGCUGAAGGUGAUCUACUUGGAAAAUUACCGCGUAACGUUGGCAGAAAAGAUUAUUCCAGCUGCUGAUCUGAGUGAACAAAUCUCUACGGCUGGAACUGAAGCAUCAGGAACCGGAAACAUGAAGUUCAUGUUGAACGGUGCUCUAACCAUCGGUACCCUCGACGGAGCCAAUGUUGAGAUGGCUGAAGAGAUGGGACUGGACAAUAUUUUCAUUUUCGGUAUGAAGGAAAACGAAGUAGAGGAUCUUAAGAAGCGAGGUUACAAUGCUUUCGACUACUACAAUGCCAACGCCGAACUCAAGCAGGUAAUUGACCAGAUUGCCUCUGGAUUCUUUAGCCCCAACAACCCCGAAGAGUUCCGUGACAUUUACAACAACCUUAUGUAUCACGAUCGUUUCUUCUGCUUGGCUGAUUACGACGAUUACAUUGCCGCCCAAGAACGAGUCAAUGAGGCUUACAAGAAUCAGAGCGUCUGGAUGAAGAUGAGCAUUCACAACAUCGCUUCAUCUGGUAAAUUCUCAAGCGAUCGAACAAUCGCUGAAUACGCCCGCGAAAUUUGGGGCGUUGAGCCUUCCUGGGAUAAGUUGCCCGCUCCUCAUGAGCCUGUUGAAGAAACAAAAUGAAUGUCAAAAGAAUAACCUUUGUCACAUUUACAUACUGAAGAAGGAAAGUUGCAAUUCGUGUUCGAAGUAAACAUCACACCAAUCACGCUACAGCUGAGUAGCGUUUAUAAGCGGAAAAGGUUCGUAUUUCCCCGUUUAGAUUUUGUUUCAUGGUGUAGUUCGGUUGAAAUGUGUGGGAAAAGAACAAUCUUGUAAAUCUUUUAAAGCUGUUUCUCCAGACUGCUGUAGCCACGAUGUCGUUAUUGUUCAUGUUUGCUAUUUUUUCUUAAAUUCUAGUGUCGAUGUUCUUGUUCUGUUACAGAAAGGACUUUAAUGUGAGUUUCCACUUCUUCUCCACCAUUUUUUUUUAUUUUUUAUCAUCAUUUCCAAAAUCCCACCUUGUUUUUCUUUCUUGGUAGUCAAAUACACUGAAAGUGAAGAAAUUUAGAAAUAAA